AUGGCACUGUCUCAAAUCCAAUGUCUGGACGACCACCACGUCAACUGGCGUGUGAGCGAGAGCAAGCCGGAGUUUUUCUACAGUGAGGACCAGCGGCUGGCUUUAGAAAAGCUCAUCACUCAGGGUCGUGAUGCGUUCAGGGAAUACCUCCUUGAAAAUAAAGUCCGGGACUUCCUGUCAGAAGCUGAGCUGGAGCGGAUCGCCCACACGGCCGAGCUUUACCGGCCCGGGUACGAGUACCACCAGAGGCCGGAGACCCCCGGGGGUCACGCGGGGAACACGACCCCUGGGUCUGGGGAAGAUGGAGCUUUGGACGGACAGGUUUCGCUUCAGUACUGGCCGGACCGGUCUGAGGCCUCAGUGGCAGAGCUGGACCUCGGUUGGCCUGAAGCCAUCUCGUACCGUGGGGUGACGCGCGUGAAUGUAUACACGCAGCCCCCCACCUACGGUCAAUCACACAUCAAAGAGGUCGUGCGCAAGAGUAUCGCUUCGGCCCAAAAGGUAAUAGCUGUGGUAAUGGAUGCCUUUACUGAUGUGGAUAUAUUUCGAGACCUGCUGGAUGCAGGAUACAGACGGAAAGUUCCUGUAUACAUAAUUAUUGACAUGGCGGCAGUGCCCUCUUUUCUUUCCAUGUGUGGCCGAGCUGAUAUGCAUCGUGGACACCUAAAGAAUCUUCGCGUGCGCUGCUGUGGAGGUGCGGAGUUCUUCACACGCUCAGCUCAAAAGGUUCGGGGCUCCCUGAGCCAGAAGUUCCUCCUGGUAGAUGGAGACAGAGCCAUCUCUGGUUCAUACAGCUUCACAUGGUCCUCAUCCCGCUUGGACCGUAACCUCAUCACCGUGAUUACAGGACAAGCCAUGGAGACCUUUGACUUCCAGUUUCGGGAACUAUUCCUCUUGUCACGGAGCGUGUCUCUCAGCAAGGUUCCCAUGGUCGACGAGCCCAUUCCCGACCCGCUUCCUCAGGCCACCCCUGUUGUCGUGCCAGCCACUGUUGCUAAGAAGCUCAUCAAUCCAAAGUAUGCCCUGGUUGCCGUGGGAUCUCACACAAGUCCCACAUCUUCAGACCAGAACUCCAGCCAUAAGAACUCACAGGUCCCCGUUGGCGUAAAAAUUCAUAGGGGGCGUCUAAAGCAUGUUUCUGAGGAGCCGGAGAUACAUCCAGCGUUGGUCAAUAUGGAGAAAGCCUACCUGAUCCCGUAUCUUCCCACUUGGCCGGAGCCGGACCCGCCGAGCGACGUAAUCGGCUUCAUUAACAUUAGGGACGAGAAAAGAGCCAAUCAGGUUCACUUGCAAAGGUCCGAGCGCUUUGAGGUCAGUCAGGCCAUUCGCUUCAGCUCACCACUGACGGGUCCUGCUGAGGGAUCCAGUCAGGAUGCAAAAUGUGACACGCAACCUGCAUUAGGGAAUACAUCUGCUCCACAGCCUGCAACCAGCAAAGCGUCGCAGGAACAGCCAACUCCAAAUAAAGACAGUGCUGAUGUAACAGAUUCCAGGGGGCCUCCACAGGCUGACGCACCUCGCAAACUGGAGACACAACAAACGCAUACUCCCUCUGUAGAGCCUCAACCAUCAGACAACUCGAGAGAAACUCCAGCAGCCCCUCCUGUACCUAAGCGACGAACGCUGCACUUGGUCAUCGACCCAGUCCCCUCAGACCAGCUCACCGAAGCGCAGGUCACUCUGGUUAAAAUUGACAACACCGUGAGCGCCUCCAACGACAAUGACAAUGCCCCACCUGAUCUUGCCCGUGUCACCUCCAAGGAAGAGGGCACCGACUCGGGUAGCAACGAUAACGGUAGCCAGGACAGCACCAAGGUCAUGUGCGACAGAGCGGCCGUCGAUGACCCGUCGAGCGCUUCUACAGCGUCCGACGACGAGUACUACGACUGCUCUCCGCCGCCGGAUCCUGACAGAGUCAGCACAGGAUCCGGCCGUGGCAACCGGCUUAUGGAUGGCGUCAACAUGAUGGCCCGGCUCUCUCAGAGCAUGUUGGACCUGCGGGAGCCUAAAGGGACGGAGGACAGCGCAGCCCUUAUCCGCCAGUCGCAGCAGCUGCGGAGGCAGGGCCAUGGCUCACCCCAUAGACGCUUAGGGCAGAUGUUUCCCUUUUCGAGAUCUCCCAAUCGCGAUGGGAGGCUGAGAGGCCCAAAAGUCAUCAUCGCCAAACCAGGGAGCUUCCACCGCCCUCAACGAUCGAGCGGCCUUGUAAUAGGAGGACAUCGAUACUGGCAGGGACAAACACUUCAGCCGCCCAACGCAACACGAUCCAGCCGCUCGCCACGCCGCCACAGCCCGGGCUACAGCAAGAGGGCCGCUAACACUUUCUCACCAUCACGGGCAGCCAACCCCACUGGGGGAAUUACACCUAUGUCCAAGCUGAACAAUUGUAAAUAUUUUAAGGGACGAGGUGGAGACAUGCAGAAGAAAGUUUCUCAAAGCAGCAACAAGGCUUCCAGAUAG